CCUUGUCCCCCCGCCAGGUCGUCUCCAAGCAGGACGGGGGUCCCACGGCCCCAGUGAGGUGCCGGGGGGCUGGUGCACCCUGACGCUGGCACCCAUGGCCGACGGCGGGGCCGAGCCCCAGGAUGAGGACGAACACUCGGGGGGCCAGGACCCCGCGGACCCACAGUGCCCCGCAUCCAGCCCGGGCCACGGCAGGGUCCUCCUGCUCACCGAGGACAUCGCAGCCAGGAAAAGACCCCGGCUGUACCGGGGCACCCGGGCCAGCCCCAGUCACCCAUGGGGACCCAAAAGCCCCUGGGAGCUGGGGGGUACCGGGGGGGGCUGGGGUCCACGGGCAGGCAGGGUGACGGGGCUGUACGCCCAGCUGCUGCGGGAGAUGGAGAUGGAGGUGGAGGAGCUGCAGCGGGCGCUGGCAGCCCGGGACGAGGCCGUCCUGCACCGUGACCGCCGAAUCCGGCAACUGGAGCGGGAGAACCGGCAGCUCCGGAACCAGGUCCGCAGUCUGGAGGAGGAAAACGACCUGCUGUCCUCCAGGGGUGGCCGCGGGGGACCCUUAGCCACCGCUGCCACCGCCACCAGGACCCUGCUGGCCUCAGGCACCGGCUGCAUUGGCAUCAGUGACAGCAACAUCCAGUUCCUCAAGGGGCUCGUGGGGCUGCUGGAGAGCAACUCCGCCAUGCAGGUUGGGGGGCUCCAGCCCUUCUCUGCUCCCAGCCCUGGGGAGCAGGGCUGUGCCCCCGCCGACGUCCCGCGGAGCCCCCCGGCCUGGCGGCUGCGGGCAGGGCUGCGCGGCAGCUUCCCCCCCUGCCUGGGCACCGAGGAGGGGGCUGGCAGCCCGGCCGCACUCACCGACACCGCCUGCCUCUGGGAGGAGAGCCGGGGGGACACGCUGCCCGAUGGCACCCCGCUCUGGGCCUCACCCAUCGAGGAAAACGGGAGGCCCAAACUGGAGCUGGUCCCCAACUCAGGGGUCUACAUCACCCACCCGCAGCUGGACGACCUCUCGCAGGUCUCCACUGACAAGCCCAAGCUCAUGACCCGCCGGCUGCUCGAUUACUUCUUCUCACGGGAGACGCUGGCCCGGUCAUCGGCCACGGGGCAGCGCAUCGCCCACAAUACCACCACCAUGGAGCGGCCCCUCCGCCUGCCCGUGGCCGUGGUCAACGCCAUCAAAGAGUACGUCACCAAGAUGUGCGGCCGCGGCUGCAACUUCAACGCCGUCAUCAACAGCAAGUGCGGCACGUCCCGGCGGGCUGUCAAGAAGAUGGUCGUGAAGACGGAGUGAGCCGAGACCCACGGGACAGCCACGGCCCUCCAGCCACGCGGAGGGGAUGAGCCCAGAGCCCUCCGGUGCCGCAAGAUGGGGAGAGGGGACAGGGAGGGACAUGCCGGGGACGGUGGGAUCGCACCCUUGCGCUUACAGAGGGGCUGGAGGAUUCACCCUGCAGAGACUGGCAGGCUCAGCCCCACGUCCCCGUGGUGGGAGAGCCCACGGCCACGCGUCCUGCUCCCUCCAGCAGCAGGGAGCGGGUGCUGACAGGGGCAAGGGCCGGUUGGAGCAGGGAGAUGCCGGUGCCGUGCAUCUUACCGGCCGGUGAUGGGGUUGGGAUCGUGGUGCCGGGGUCCCUGGGCACAGAGGGCAGAGAUGGUGGCCAUGGCCAUCCCCGGCAGCAGAGCUGCUCCCGCACACAGCAGCAGCUCCACACAUCCAGCCACAGCCCAGGACUGUUUUCCUGUAAAUAAGUUCAUUUCCAGCAACAUUUGGGAUUCCUGUAAAUAAACUCCACUUUCUUUCUGCCCGAGAAGUCCGGCAGCUCGCCCUCCCUGCAGCCGCACCGAGCAUUUCGCCUUCAGCUCUUCACCGCCGCGGUUGGCUCUUGCUGCGGCUGCAGCCAGCGCAGCCCCAGUCGCGGCAGUGCCCAGCCCAGCACCGUGGCUCGCACCAUGCCGGCUCGGGAGAGAAAGGACCCUCAGUGGCACACGCUGCACUGGAUUUGCCUCUGGUGACUAAAUUUAUUUAGCAAGGAAAGCUCCCGGCUGACUCCACACCGGCCAACCAGUUACAGUUAAUAAAGUAUAACAGAUCUGUCACGUAAUCCAGAA